GGUAAAUAUCACAUCCAGUAAAAUAUGUACGAAAAAGCAUUUUAAGCGGUGAAAAUCAUGGUUUUACAGUAGGUUUCUAUAGAUUGCGCGCGGCAACCCAAACUUUUGCGUUUCCCAAACUUUUGCGUGAUAAUUUUAACGCGAUAAAUUUUUCGGGAAUUUGAGCUCCGCGGGAAUCCAAUAUGGCGGCAUUCAGCAUCAGCAUUAACAUUACAAAGAAAUUGUUUACCUUUUUUCUUCCAAGAAAUGCACAAAUGACAACUAUUCUAGAGGGUUAAAGACAUUUUGAGAAUGAAGCAGUUACACAGAAAUUUAGAAAAAGAUAGUUCGGGGGUGAUCGGACUUAUUCCAGAUGAACCAGAAGAUAUGUGGCACGCUUACAAUCUUAUUGCUGUUGGGGAUAGAUUAAGAGCUACCACAAUUAGGCGGGUUCAGAGUGAGUCUUCAACCGGCUCAGUAAGCAGUAAUAAAGUUCGGACAAUGUUGACCAUCCAGGUGGAAGGUGUGGAAUAUGAUACACAGGCAUGUGUUCUGAGAAUCAAGGGAAGAAAUGUCCAGGAAAACCAAUAUGUUAAAAUGGGAGCUUAUCACACCAUAGACUUGGAACUCAAUCGAAAAUUUACGCUUUCAAAAGACCACUGGGAUUUUGUAGCUCUGGAAAGAAUAGAUUUAGCAUGUGAUCCAACACAGCAUGCUGAUUUGGGAGCAGUUAUUAUGCAUGAAGGUCUUUGUCAUGUGUGUCUAAUCACAGCCAGUAUGACAUUAGUUCGUGCUAAGAUCGACAUGAACGUCCCCAGGAAACGAAAAGGUUAUUGUGGGCAACAUGAUAAGGGGAUAAUGAAGUUUUAUGAUGCAAUUAUUCAGGCAAUUGUUAGACAUAUCAACUUUGACAUUGUCAAAUGUGUUCUCCUGGGAAGCCCUGGUUUUGUCAAGGAUCAGUUCUCAGAAUACAUGUUCAACCAAGCAACCAAAAAUGAUUUAAAAGUUCUCUUGGACAAUAAGUCGAAAUUUUUAUUGGUGCAUUCAUCCUCUGGCCAUAAACAUGCUCUUAAAGAGAUUCUCUCAGAUCCUGCAAUUGGUGGUAGAAUUUCAGACACCAAGGCCAGUGAGGAAGUAAAAGCGUUGGAUAAUUUUUAUCAAGUUCUUCAAAAUGACCCUGAUCGGGCGUACUAUGGUGUGAAACACGUUGAGAGUGCGAAUGAAGUGUUGGCCAUAGAGACAUUGCUUGUGUCAGAUGAAUUAUUCAGAGCUAACGAUGUAGCGGUGAGAAAACAAUACGUGAAUUUGGUUGAAAGUGUGAAAGAAAAUGGCGGAGAUGUAAAAAUAUUCUCAAGUCUUCACGUGUCAGGAGAGCAAUUGGGUCAGUUGUCGGGUGUGGCAGCCAUAUUAAGAUUUCCUGUUCCAGACAUAGUGGAUGACGAUGAAAGUGACUCAGACUAAACUAAUAAUAAUGCCGGUAAUGUAUGUAAAAAAAAUCAUUAUAUAAAUUUAUGAAGUGAAAAUAUAUAUAAUAUACAUCAGAAAUGUAUUUUGAGAGGAAAGCUGGUUUU